GAGAUCAGAAAGACAUUUCAGGAUCAGCAAAUCACCUGAACCAAUCCAUCUACUCAGGAAAUCAUGGAUAAAGGAAAUGGUUCUGCUGCCUUUUCUGAAUUCAUACUUCAGGGAUUCACAGACAAUCCGAAAAUGCAGCUUGUUCUUUUUACGGUCUUCCUAUUUGUUUAUAUCAUCACUGUAUUAGGGAAUCUGGGGAUGAUUCUCUUGAUUUGCACUAAACCCCAGCUUCACAAACCCAUGUAUUACUUCCUGGCCAACCUCUCCUUUGUUGAUCUCUGCUGUGCCUCAACCAUUGCUCUUAAAAUGCUAAUUGACUUAUUAAGUGAAAGUAAAAGGAUUUCUUACAGUGGCUGUGUUACACAGCUCUUUGUAUUUGAUAUCUUUGCAGAUGCAGAGUGCCUUUUGUUGGCUCUGAUGGCCUAUGACAGGUAUGUGGCCAUCUGCAAUCCACUCCUCUAUCCAACUGUAAUGUCCAAAAAGGCCUGCCAACAAAUGAUCACUAUUGCGUACUUUACAGGCCUGCUAGAUUCAAUGAUACAAACUUCGUCCACAUUCCGGCUAUCUUUCUGUAGCUCCAACGUUAUCAAUCACUUCUUCUGUGAUGAGCCUCCACUCCUAAUGCUCUCCUGUUCCGACACAUAUAUUAGUGAGAUUGUGUUAUUUACCUUUUUUGGUUUUGUUGAAGCAAGCUGCAUUGGGAUGAUUCUUGUAUCCUAUUUUUACAUUUUGGCUACAAUCUUAAGAAUGCAUUCUGCUGAGGGUAAGCACAAAGCAUUUUCCACCUGUGCUUCUCACCUGACAGCUGUUGGGCUAUACCACGGGACAAUACUCUUCAUGUACUUUCGGCCCAGCUCCAGCUAUUCCAUGGAUCAAGACAAAUGGGCUUCUAUGUUCUACACAGUCGUGAUCCCCAUGCUCAACCCUCUGAUCUACAGCCUGAGGAACAAGGAGGUGAAAGAUGCUAUAAAUCGUGUGUUGUCCCGAUUGUAA